AUGCCCGACAUCGACCCCGCGGCCUUGAGCCGUCCCGCCGUCACGCUCUCGACCCCCGUCCUCUCCACCAAGACCCUUUCCAUCAAUGCGACCGGCUCGGCAAAGAUUACGAAGACGAGUCAGAUCAUUCCCGCCCGAAUCGAUCUCGAACCGCUCUACACCGCGCUGAAGUCGGCGAUAAGCAGCGACCACUGGCUGAUAUACAAGGAGGCUACAGCCGAGUUCCUCACCGGGCGUUUAAGCCAAACCGAAUACUCAGAACGCAUUGACCCGAUACUUUCUGGCGACAAUGGCGAAAAGGAUCAUCUGCACAACCAGCUCAUCGCGGCCAUCUAUGGCAACGUCACGCGCGAGAUGCCCGAUCAGGGCAUCGCCCCUUGGGUCAGCGCCAACGACAAGCCCAUGGCAACCGCCGGAAGCAAACCUGUCACCGGUGAUGCGGCUGAGCGGCGGCUGAAGGGGGAUGUGAUGCAACUGCCUGCACGGGAUCGCAGGCGCAUCAAGGAUUUAGUGCAUAACGAUUAUGACCCCCACGAGAACUUGUCGAACCUGUUUGCCGAAACACAUCGCCGCCCGUCUGCGACCACGGAUGUUCCCGCUAGCGCUGCUGGGGGCAUCAACAAGAUGAACUUUGACUUGGAGAUUCGAAAACGAUUUGCACCACCGUUAGCGGUCGAGUCUGGCGAGUUCCCUGAUGUUGGCAUGAUAACCGGGCGCAUGCUGCCUUUCUGCUACGAGGCUGGCCUAGCGAGUGGGCACGUCGCCGACGCUCCACAGCUCAUGUCUGUGGCUGCGGACACCUACAUCAAGGAAAUCUUGACCCAAAUUUUCAGCCGGACGCGCAGCAACGGCCCAGGCGAUUCUGGCAGCGCCGGUUUUGGUAUUGGCACCACGUGGAUUCAGACUCGCAAGUACCGGAAACAGCUGAGCCAAGAGGAAGACGCUGCCCUGCGAGGCGAGAUAACUCGAGACAAGGGCGGCAUGUUACCCGUCGAGGCCAAGGCAGCCAGUGAGCGCGGGCCACUGGCUAUGGGUGACAUGCGUCUGGCUCUUGAGAUGGCAGACACCGGCAUGGCUCAAUUCCCAGUGCUGAUGACACAAGUGCUGUACGGCUACCGCGAGGGUGAGCUAGAGAACUGGACCGACUACAGCUGGGCCAAUGGCCAAGCGCCAGUCAUCGAGGAGCUCCCAGACACAAAGGAAAACCGAACGUUGCCCAAUGGCCAUCCUGACAAUAUGGACAUUGACAAUGAGGUGUGGUGGGACGGAGGCGACGGCAAAGACGUCGAUAUGUUGGAUGGCAUCCUGGAUUCGUGUCUCAUGGUCAGCUCAUGA